AUGAACAAAGCGGAAACCAAUGGAAACGCCGCCGCGGCAUCCGCCAGUAUCCCUGUGGAUUCGCUAGAACUCAUAAGGAACAGACUCCAUCAGGUUCAUCAAUCGUUGCGGAAAUUGGCCGACCAAAUCAACUACUCAAAUAGAAACCCCAAGGCCAAGCUUCCUGGUUACCUGAGCUUACAUGGGCAAUUCCAGGUGCUCAUCACACAAUUGCACUCGCUUGCAUCGCACUUGGAACUGAAUAGCGAUAUUCUUCGCACCACAAAUGCGUUUCCGCUUCCGUCGUUUCCCACAACGCAACAAGAGGGAUUGGUGACAACACUUCUACGAAAAAAGCCGUUGCCUGAGGUCGACGAGUGGAUCGAUGCCGCUAUUGCAGAAUGUAACCUGUUCAAUAUUCCUUUACUCAAAGAUGACGAGUUGGCUGAGUGGUGUUAUGCCAAAGCGAAACAAUUGGAGAGUGACUUUGUUUUCGAUGGCUUCUACACGGAGAAACAACAACUAUACCUCGAAAGCGAGGAGGGAGUAGCGGAGACCGAGCGCAAGAAGGAAGAAACGGCUGCUAAGGAAGAAAGGGAAAAAUCCAUAGUGGGUACAGGGGAGCCUAUGAAACCUAAUUCUAUAUUGAAAUUUAUGACCAAGGGUUUGUGA